UCCAAUAAUUCUUUUAAUUUCACACUUACUAUAAACAUCUUUUGCGCGCCUACUUAUGAAAUACACUAAAAUCAUCAUUUUUACACCCUUCUAAUUCUCUUACUAAAAUCUUGUAAACACCCAUUUAUUUUUAUUUAACCAAAAACUUGAAAAAAAAAAAUAACACACAAAAACCAUGGAUAAACCACCUACUCAUUGUACUAGGAAUGAUGAUUUCUCUAAACUUCAAUCUCUAUUUUCUAAAAAUCUUCCUAAAAAACCAAUUAAUCUUUGCUUCCCUACUUCGAUUUUCGCCAUUGUUCUUCUUUUAAUUCUUGGGUAUAAUUCCUUCACUAUAUUCUAUUUUAUCCCAAUUUUUUCAAUGGAAAAUGUUAAAGAAACAGAGAAAAAUAUGCCCAUUUCUCAAUUAUCCUCAUCUAGAGCUAAUUUUGCUAUGAAUGAUGAGAGUUUUCCUAUGUUUUCGACGAAAACCCAUGUCAAAUCUCCCCAUAAUUCUCCUAAAUUCACUCACUUAAGUCCUAAAAUGAUCCGAAGAGUUAGACAAGUGAUCAAACCUCCUUCUCAAGAGCCUCUUCAUGAUGAAAUGAGAUCAUUUUCGAAGCGAGUGAGGCGAUUUUUCGAUGAGAAUUCGUGCAAGUUUCGGGUGUUUAUGACAUGGAUAUCGUCGAUUAAGUCUUUUGGAGACCGUGAAAAGUUCACCAUUGAAAGCCUCUUUAAGUUCCACCCAAAUGCUUGUUUGAUCAUAGUGUCAAAUUCAAUGGACUCAAACAGAGGAUCACAAAUUUUAGAACCCUUUGUAAGGUUGAAUUACAAGGUAAUGGCGGUUUCGCCCGAUUUUAAGUUCAUAUUCAAGAAUACAAUGGCUGCCAUUUGGUAUCAACAACUAGAAAAGGGGAAUGUUAAGCCAGGAGAAAUUUCAUUAGGCCAAAAUCUUUCGAAUUUGCUUAGACUUGCUCUGCUUUAUAAGUAUGGUGGAGUGUAUAUGGACACCGAUUUCAUUGUUAUAAAGAGAUUAGACACUCUAAGGAAUGUGAUCGGAGCACAAACCGUUGAUCCAAAGACGAAAAAUUGGAGUAGAUUGAACAAUGCUUUGAUGAUAUUUGAUAAGAAACACCCUCUUUUGAUCAAAUUUAUUGUGGAAUUUGCACUUACUUUCAAUGGUAACAAGUGGGGGCAUAAUGGUCCUUAUCUUGUUUCAAGGGUUGUGGAGAGGGUAACCAAUAGUAGCACGAAAGGCGGUGCGAAUGAAUUUACGGUUUUGCCCCCGUCUGCGUUUUAUGUCGUGGGUUGGGGUAAGGUUGGUGACCUAUUUCAAAAGCCCGUGGAUGAACUUCAUCAGAAGUGGCUAGAUGAUAAGAUUGAUCAAAUUGAAAGAGAUAGUUACGCGAUUCACUUGUGGAAUAGGCAAAGUAGAGAGAUUAAGGUUGAAGAUGGAAGUAUAAUCAGUCAAUUGAUGAAGAAAUCUUGUGUUUUUUGCAAUUUGUCAAGAACAAUCUCUUAAAUUGGUACAAAUGAGGUAAUCUUGGAUGCUUGUAUCAAUAACUAUUUGAUCAUCCAAUUGCUAUCAAAUAUGAAGUAUUAUGGUAACUUAUCAGAUGAUGAAAACUUUCAUGAUUCGUCUAAUUCAUAAGUCAUGCUAUUUUGUAACUUUUGGGAUUUAAAAUCCUUUGUAAAACAUUAGUUGUAAUUAAAUAGUUUUUUUUUUCUUCCUUAAAAAAGUUGGAAAAGAAUAUUGAAAAUAAAGUUAAGACAUUGAGCAUCUUUUGGUGUGAAUUUUUUUUUUCAAUACUUGCUAUGUUUAGUUGAAGAUUUUGUCACAUAUAGUAUUUUUAUAGCAAUGUUGUCAACAUAGCGUGUCAAUAUGGUGGCUUGCAAAUUGCAACAUAGGUCUCAAAUCAUUUUCAUUAUGCAUUAUUGUUGGAGUUUAAUUGGGAUUUCAUCUUCAUGCUAAGUAGAUAUAGU